CCGGUCCACUAGGUGGCGGGAAAUCUCAAAUAAACGUCAAUAGAGAUAAAAGAAGAAGAAGAGGAGCCGGAAGUCAGCUGUCAACAGUUGGAGGAAAAUCUUCAAGUUUCUUCAUGACGGCACAGGUGACAGUGCUGUACUUCGCUAAGAGCGCGGAGCUGAGCGGACUGAAGGAGGAGGAGCUUGUUGCCGUACCAACACCAAUCAGUAGCCAGGACCUCUGGAGCCUGUUGCUACAGCGACACCCCAGGUUGUGUGUGCUGCAGCAUCAGGUGGUGUUGGCGGUACGUCAGCAGUACGUGGCCAUCGGUGACGAGCUGGUUGCCCUUGGCGACGGAGACGAGGUUGCCGUGGUGCCGCCGCUGAGCGGGGGUUAAAGAUGGUGGAGCCGCCCAGAGACGUCUUGAAGCUGUGCCGUGAUUGGCUGUCUGUACAGGAAGUGGUGGACGCCGUCAGCAGCGCUUCCUGUGGAGCCACCUCAGUGUUUAUA